GUCUGGCUCCCAGAGGGCCGUGCGCGUCCACUUCCGCCAGCUGCUCGGUUCCCGGAAGCGGUGGCCGGCAAAUCCGGCCAAUCCCCCAGCGCCGGGUGUGGGUUAUCGGGAGCAUGCGGGGCGGCCGGCGGCCCGCGCGAGGCGCGUUGGUUUCCCCGCGGCGGUGGCGGUGGCGCGCAGCGGCUCUCCCGUGAGCGGCGGGCGGCGGCGGCGCUCGGCCCGCAGGUUGCGGCGCCAUGUGGAGCGGCCGCAGCUCUUUUACCAGCUUGGUGGUGGGCGUGUUCCUGGUGUACGUGGUGCAUACCUGCUGGGUCAUGUACGGUAUCGUCUAUACCCGUCCGUGCUCGGGUGACUCCAACUGCAUCCAGCCCUAUCUGGCCCUGCGGCCCAAACUGCAGCUGAGUGUUUACACCACCACACGGUCCAGCCUUGGUGCAGAGAACAAUGUGGACCUGAUCUUGAACGUGGAAGACUUUGAUGUGGAUUCCAAAUUUGAAAGGACAGUUAAUGUUUCUGUACCAAAGAAAACAAGAAACAAUGGGACGCUGUAUGCAUAUAUUUUCCUACAUCAUGCUGGGAUUCUACCCUGGCAAGAUGGGAAACAGGUACAUGUGGUCAGUACUCUGACUACCUACAUGAUCCCCAAACCAGAAGAAAUUAACUUGCUCACUGGGGAGUCUGCUACACAGCAACAGAUAGAAGCCGAGAAGAAGCCAUCAAACGCCCUGGAUGAACCCGUCUCUCACUGGCGACCAAGGCUGACCCUGAAUGUGAUGGUGGAUGACUUUGUCUUUGAUGGUUCCUCCCUGCCUGCAGAUGUGCAUCGGUACAUGAAGAUGAUUCAGCUUGGGAAGACAGUGCACUACCUCCCCAUCCUGUUCAUUGACCAGCUGAGCAACCGGGUGAAAGACCUGAUGGUGAUAAACCGAUCUACCACCGAGCUGCCACUCACUGUGUCCUACGACAAGAUCUCAUUGGGGCGGCUGCGCUUCUGGAUCCACAUGCAGGAUGCCGUGUACUCCCUGCAGCAGUUCGGGUUUUCAGAAAAAGAUGCAGAUGAAUUGAAGGGAAUUUUCGUAGACACCAACUUAUAUCUCUUAGCAUUGACCUUCUUUGUUGCAGCCUUUCACCUUCUUUUUGAUUUCCUGGCAUUUAAAAGUGACAUCAGUUUCUGGAAGAAAAAGAAGAGCAUGAUUGGAAUGUCUACCAAAGCAGUGCUCUGGCGUUGCUUCAGCACUGUGGUCAUCUUCCUCUUCCUGCUGGAUGAACAGACAAGCCUGCUGGUGCUGAUCCCUGCAGGUGUUGGAGCUGCCAUUGAGCUUUGGAAAGUGAAGAAGGCAUUGAAAAUUACAGUAGCCUGGAGGGGCUUGAGACCUGUGUUUCAGUUUGGUACCCAUAGUGAAUCUGAGAGGAAGACUGAGAAGUAUGAUGCUCAGGCCAUGAAGUACUUGUCUUAUCUGCUCUACCCUCUCUGUGUCGGGGGCGCUGUCUACUCACUCCUAAAUAUCAAGUAUAAGAGUUGGUACUCCUGGCUCAUCAACAGCUUUGUGAAUGGUGUCUAUGCCUUUGGCUUCCUCUUCAUGUUGCCCCAGCUUUUUGUCAAUUACAAGAUGAAGUCAGUGGCACACCUGCCUUGGAAGGCCUUUACCUACAAGGCUUUUAACACCUUCAUUGAUGAUGUCUUUGCCUUCAUCAUCACCAUGCCCACAUCCCACCGGCUGGCCUGUUUCAGAGAUGAUGUGGUCUUCCUGGUCUACCUUUACCAGCGGUGGCUUUACCCUGUGGAUAAGAGCAGGGUCAAUGAAUUUGGGGAGUCUUAUGAGGAGCAGCCCAAGCGGAAGCCCCAUCCAGACUGAGCAUCUCGGCCCAGGCUCCCAGGCGGCACUGUACUGCACAGCACAGUUGGGCCAUGAGUAUUCCUGGGGGCUUCGGGAAAAUUCCUAGAUACCACAUCUUCUGCGUUGCCAAAUCCCUCUGAGCAUUUCUCAGUAUCCCUGAGCACCCUCUCUUCUCGUGUUUCAGAAGGAACCAUAGCACUUAACCAUACACCCCACAUGAACUUGGGUCUUGGUGAUUGUGCCAGUGGGCAGUCACCCAAGGGUAGCUCUCAGUGCAUGAGUGUCCCAUGGCAGCCAGUGGACACCUUAGCACGCAAGGGUAGGGAGCAUGGUGGAUUUCCACGUCAGCUUGUCCAAGUGCUCCUUAUGUGGAUUUCACAUACACAAAAGUCGUUCUGUACGGACUCUGGGAUCAAAUGGCUCUUUUUCCCUUUUGUUUAAAAUUUGAUUGUUUAAAGCCUAAUGUAUGUAUGUUUCUAUUUUAAAAUAAAUUUCUUUGGCUGUAAUAUUUUUCUUAACCUCUAAUAAUAUAAAAUAUAG